CGACUGCCCCCAUCUUCCCUCGACCAGAAUGCCUGCCUCGACUCGGAUAGGGUCGAAGCUCGAGUUUGUCAGCGUGAGCCACCCAGACGAGGUCAAAAACCGGCACAACAAGCGCAAAAUUCAUCAGCAUGUGAUGAAAGAUAUAGGAUUAUCAAGAAGAAAGAAUACGCAUAGUAGGAAGUUAAGGACCGAGCCGGACAUUUCAAAGACUUUGGCACUUCACGAAACCCACCCGGCAUACACAUUCUACCAACCAGAUAAUCGUAGGCCUGAAGUGUCGGAGUCAUCAAUGCAGCUUCUUGAGCCAGGUGCAGAUCGGACACUCUACUCCAGGACUGACACUAGAGCUAAAAUGAUGGAAGCCUUUCUGCUUCGGCCAAAGUCGUCCAUAUGCGACAAGGUCAGAGAGAUGUGCUUUGCUAUCGGCCUUGUCGACCAGGCUACUCUAAAUCUUGCACUUGCGGAGACCGCCCUGUAUAGCAAUGAGUAUACAGGUGAUAUGCAUUCUGGGCGAGAAGAUUCAACGGCGUUGAAGCACUACAAUCUCAGUUUACAUUUCACCAGCCAAAAGAUCCAAACAUCGAAUAGCGUACCUUCUGACGAAAUUUUGAUCACUGUUAUAGGUCUUGCCAACUAUGAUAUGAGCAUAGGUAAAGUCGAACGAUACAGCACCCACCUGGCUGGCCUAGAGACCUUGGUGCGCGGUCGCGGAGGAGUAGACAGGUUUCGUUCAUCAUAUUUGUUAUUGUCUUUAAUUUGGUCAGAUGUUAUUGGAAGCCUAUCCCUGGACCGUCCGCCGAGAUUUGCAGCUCCUUCUCACCUAUGGACUCAGCUUGAACAGCCCACAAUUACCCAUGUUCUGGCAAAAACUUUAAAGGCUUUGAGGGAUUUGUCGCCAGUUCUCUCAGAUUUAUGUUCAGUUCUUCUAUCACUGGCAAGAGUUGCUAAGGCGUCUCAACACUGGGAGGAGUCGACAUUCCGUUACUGUGAAACCAUCCUGCAUAGCUCAUACUUUCUUCUCCUGGUGCCAAGGCACACACCAUCAGAAGGGCCAGAGGGGCAUUCUUCUAGGAUAUCACAAAUUCACCAAGUCGUUCGUUUGGCCGCUUUGAGGUUUCUCGUCACGGCCGCUGAGCACAGUCAUCACACAGUCGGCGCCAUCCAGUAUCGCAAACCUCAACUGUCGCACCUACUGACAGGUUAUGAAAUAUCGUGGGAUGGGUUGGAAGAACUUCAGGUCUGGGUACAAGUUAUAGCGGCAGUGACCGAAGGGACUCGUGACAGAAGCUGGAUGACUCAGAGGAUAGCUCUUACGAUUGAACGACUUGGUUUGAACUGGAUCGAACUAGAAGGAAUGCUGAGACAGAUUGCUUGGGUUGAUUCCUUUGAAGGCGAGUUCAGUAGGCUGGAAGAGGCCGUGAAUAGUCAGGAGAUAGCCAGGGUUGGUUAAAUACCGCGAAACCGAUGAGAAAUCAUAAGGUAUCUCCGACUUUUCGGGCAUUUGAUUGCAGAGAAAUGAUUGUCCAACGUCUAGUAAAAUCAAAGACCAGAGUGUCUGAACUCGUGUGAUUGGUCAGCUCGGAUCACAUAUCUCGGACUAUGUGCCUCAGACUCUUC